AUGAUCGCUUUCACUCUUCUCCUGAGCUUUCUCGUGGCUUUCGUCGCCGCCAAAGCCACCACAUGCGCCAAAGGAGCCCAUGUCAUCGUGGCUCGGGGUAGUCUUGAACCUCAAGGCCCUGGAGCCAUGGGUGAACUGGCCGACAAGGUCCUCAAGCUUGUCCCCGGAUCUGACAUGGAAUCGCUUGUGUAUCCUGCCCUGUAUAAUGAGUACCUCGAUUCUCAGCCCGCCGGUGUUCGCGCCUUGACUUCUGUCAUCCACAACUAUGUGAAGACCUGCCCCAAGACUCCACUGGUUCUCAUGGGAUACUCUCAAGGCGCUCAUGUCAUCAUGGACACCAUCUGUGGUGCAAGCUCUACCGGAUUCCCUGCCACUUUGCCUCAACCUUCCUACAUCACCGACAAGAUCUCUUCUGUUAUCCUCUUGGGUGACCCCAGUCUCACAGAAGGUCAAACCUUCCAUGUCGGAACCAGCGUUGGCAGCGGAAUGUUCCCUCGUAACCUCCCGGCCGGCUGCGACAGCAUCGCCAACAAGGCAGUUUCCAUCUGCGACAAGGGCGACCCCUUCUGCGAAGCUGGUGGCAAAAAUCUCGACGUCCACUUGGGAUACAUUCCCGUCUGGGGAGACUAUGUAGUCAAGGAGGCUGUCAAAUUUGUAAAGGCGGUCGUCAAAAAGCACAAGGCUUGUACGUGA